UACCAAAAAUAGCCGCUACGUGUCGCUACGAAGCGCCAUAUACCUAGAGCUCAGUUUUUUAAAAAUCCAAAUGGGGACUUACCUAACGAUCCUACAAUCACUUCUUCGUUGAUCGAAUUGGAAACAGUGCGUUCUUCUUUACUUGAAUUGAUUGCCACGAAAAGGAUUGAAGUAUACUUUUUUUUGUAUAAUUUUUUUUUUUACAUACAAGAUAAUAGUUUACAAUAGUUAAAAAAUGAAAUAUAUGUUGAUACUGUUCCUGCACUUACUUUGUACAAAUCUGAAUAAUGCUAGAGAAAUUACGCAUGAAGAUAUUAAAGACGCAAUGUUAAGUUUAGUACAUAUGAUGCGAGAAAAUACUGAAAAACUAGAACGACAUGAGGCACGUGAACGUCAGUUGGGAGAACAUUUAAAAAAAGCACUUGCAGUAUUGACAAAACGUACGUCAACUAUUGAAUCAUUCAAAACAGAAUUGGCUAAACUUGAUGAGAAAGUAAUAGGAAUAGAACAGUUAAUCUCUCAGAGAGAUGAACGAGAAAGAAUACAAAUGCAAAAGACUCUUGAUAGUUUAGAAGAUUUGGAAAGUCGUUUAGAAGGAUGGCUCACAGAUAUUGAAAAUAAAGUAUCAGAAGUAAAUAAUCGACCAGAUACCACAUUACCACCGCUUAAUAAUCAUGGUCAUAUCAUUUCAAAAUUAAAUGACACAGAAUUAGUGUUAAUGGAAAGAAUAUCAAAAACAGAAUCUUUUUUAAAAUCUGAAGCCAUAAAAUUAAAAGAAGUCACAAAUGUUCAAUCAGGAACAAUACAAGCAUUGUUGACUGAGAUCCAAGAUAUUGGUACAAGACUUAGUAAUCUUGAAGUUUCACUGGAAAAAAUCAAGGAACAAUCACAAAACAUACAGAACAAAUUACAAGAACCAGAAUCUGAUGUGAUUUCAAAUAUUGAUAAUUAUAUAAAAAUGUUACCUUCUAUAAAGAAACAUUUAGAUGAUACUUCUGAUCAAAUUAAAGAAUUGCCACAAAUUACUGAAAUGCAAAACCUACAUAAUGAAACCCAAACACUUUUGCAAGAAACUAAGUAUGCAUUAAAAGAUAUUGUUACUAGGGGAGUUAAUGACAUUGAAAAUAAAUUAACGGAAAAUAAGAAUGAAACAAAAGAUACUAUAGGAGCACUUAGGAUGGACUUGGCAAAUAAUGCUGAACAUGUAAAUCAAGAAUUAAAUGAUCUCGAAAAAGGACAAUCUGUAAUAGUAUCAAUGGCUGAUCAUGUCUUAGAUACUAAAAGAAGAGUCGAGUAUGGCGUGCAUCAAAUUCUUCUAGAGGUAGGAGAUUUAGUAAAAGCGCAAGGUACAAAUAUUAAUAAUACUCUGAAUCAAAGAUUUGAUGGCAUAUCAAAUGAUAUUAUGGACAAUCAGAAUGGAGCUUUAGCAAAUUUAACUACUAAAAUGGAACAAGAAAUGAAUCAGGUAUGGCGACAAAUAAAUGUUAUGUAUCAGCAAAUGACAGAAAGUGCGAAAGCAUUAGAUAAAUUACAUAAACAAAAUGAGGAAUAUGUUAAUGGUACAACUUUUACUAUGGGUGGAAUGGAAACUAAAGUGAGCGAAAUAACGAAACGUAUGACUGAAGUUGAUAAUAACUUAAAUUAUCUGUUAGGAAGACUUUCGUUAGUGACACAAGAAUUUAAUCAGAUUAAAACGGGAUUAGGAAAUGCAUUAGAUAAUAUUAAAGCAUCAUUUAAAGAAGUUCAAGAUAAAGCAAAUGACUUAAGGGAUCCCAAUGGACCGCAUCCUAUUCGUGAAAAUUAUAAAGAAUUUAAUGAAGCUGAUGAUAAUAAACCAGAUGAUACAACUUUUUAGGUAAAGAUGAUUAAAUAUUAUGCAGACAAAUCAACCAUUUCACCAAAACAAUAUAAAUUAGCAUGUUAUGAAAAGAAUAUAUACAUUGUCACAAAACAGAUUUGAAAUUAUAUAUAUAGCAGAGAAUUAUUGGUAACUACUGUAUGUAAUAUAUAUAUAUAAUUGUACAUAAUGCAUGUUAUUAAUGCUAUUAUAUCACUUUAUUAUUGUAAUCAUAAUAUAUGUAUAAUUAAUUGUAUUUAUAUGUACAAGAAAUGAACUCAUUACUAAUGA